ACAAGAAUAAAGGGGUAUUUGUUUAACUGCUGCAGCCUUGGAUUCUAAAUAACGUGCUGGCACAGUUCGCAGUUAGACGAUGAUGAACCUAGAUGUACAAUCAGUGACUUCAUGUAAUCAGGAGGACAUGUGUGUUUGCUUCUUUUGCUCCAGAGAUGAUCAGCGUCUGUCCAGAUAACAGAAACAGAGCCAGGGUUACAUGGAAGCUCACUGACACUGGGAAGGUUUGAACUCCUCAGCCUGGUAAACAUCACUACUAGUCGACAUGUCCAAUCGAGGGCCUUUGACCGCCGUCAUAACGACGGUUCUGGGGGCGACCUUAGGAGGGCUGCUCAUAUGGCGGGUGUAUCGGACGAAAAAGAAGAAGCUGCCUUCCGUCCAGAAGGUAGUGGAUCCUGUGGAAGCUCCGUGUCCUGUGGAGAAGGAGUUCACAGCUGUGGAGUAUCAGUACAUCCAGCCACCAUGUCCUCUGGAGAAGGAGGUCAAGUCUGUGGAGUGUCAGACCACGCAACAACCGCCACCUCCGGUCCAGAUCCCGACUUCUGAUCAGCUGCUGGGGGUGAACCCGGUAAUGGUGAGCUCUGAAGAGGAGUGGCAGCAGAUGUGGCCGCUGAUGCAGAAGGAGCUUUCAGUGUUCCCAGUGCUGGGGCUGGACUGUGAAUGGGUAAAGAUCAAAGGCGUUUCGGUGAAGGGCCGGACCUCCGCGGUCUCCCUGCUCCAGAUGGCCUCCUACUCGGGUCUGUGCAUCCUGGUGAGGCUGCUGGCGUUUCGCAGCGGGCAGCAGCCGUUUCCGCUCAGCUUGAUGGAAGUCCUCAGAGACCCGCACAUCCUGAAGGUUGGCGUCGGCUGCUAUGAGGAUGGCAAACGUCUGACACGUGACUACGGUCUGUCGCUGUCGUGCACAGUCGACCUGCGUUACCUCGCCUUAAGACAGAGGCAAACUUCAGUGAGUAACGGCCUCAGCCUGAAGUCUCUGGCAGCAGAUCUAUUGAAUGUAUCUCUGGAUAAAUCGCUGGAGCUGCGCUGCAGUGACUGGGAAGCAGAUCACCUGACGCUGGAGCAGAUGACUUACGCAGCCCGAGAUGCCCAGGUUUCCAUCGCCCUCUUCCUCCAUCUCCUCGGCCUCCGGCCCGACGCCGGUUCCGCCUCUUCCAGCGGGAGCUCCUACUCUGAACUGGCCUCCCGCUGCCAGGGUCUGGUCGACGUGCCCUUCAGGGGCCGAGGAGACAGAGACGAGAAGCCCGGCGAUGGAGAGAGGAGGCGGAAGACGAGAAAGCAGCCAGUGUUCGAAAGCCCAGAGUCUGGAGAUCAGCAAGUCCCAGACCCUCGAAAGAAUAACAAGAGGAAACCGCUGGGUGUGGGCUACUCCGCCAGAAAGUCUCCUCUCUAUGAUAACUGCUUCCUCCACGCUCCGGAUGGUCAACCUCUGUGUACCUGCGACAAGAAGAAAGCCAAGUGGUACCUCGAUAAAGGAAUAGGAGUGCUUCAGAGUAAAGAUCCGUUCGUCGUGAGGCUGCUGUUCGAGCCCUCGGGACGUCCGGACUCUCAGCAGGAUUAUUAUCUCACCGCUAAGGAGAAUCUCUGUGUGGUCUGUGGAAAAGCAGAUUCCUACAUCAGAAAAAACAUCGUUCCACACGAGUACAGGCGACAUUUUCCCACCGAGAUGAAGGACCACAACUCCCACGACAUCCUGCUGCUCUGCACCAGCUGCCACGCCGCCUCCAACGUGCACGACGGCUUCCUGAAGCAGCAGCUGGCCGAGGAGUUCGCCGCCCCUCAGGGCUGCGAGGAGGGAGUUCGCCUGCUGGAGGACUCGGACCGACGGCGAGUGCGGUCGGCGGCCCGGGCUCUGCUCACCGCCGGCGAGGGACUGCCGGAGCAGCGGCGAGACGAGCUGCAGGUUCUGAUCAAGAGCUUCCUGGACAUGAACGAGGAGCAGGAGCUGACGGACGAGGCGCUGCAGCAGGCGGCCGGUCUGGAGACGAGGAUAUUAAACGAGGCGUACGUGCCUCACGGUCUGAAGGUGGUCCGAACUCACGCUGAGCUCGGCCUGCGAGGCCUCAUGGACCUGGAGCGUCGCUGGAGGCAGCACUUCCUCACCACCAUGCAGCCGCGUCACCUGCCUCCUCUCUGGUCCGUCGACCACAACCACGGCAAGUUUCUCCGCAAAUAUGGAGAGGACCUGCCCAUCAAACUCAACUGACGGGAAACUCGUAUUUUCUCAUCCCAAACGUCACAAAAGCCACUCUAUCGAAUUGCUUCUGUUUUUUUAAGCGGGCAGAUGAAUGCACUAAUCCGGACGCAGGGAUGGAAAUGUGAAGUUCCUGCUCUGCCAUGGAUAUCAGUGGAAUGAAUGAACUGUGGAGGAGAUCCAGCACUGAAUCUGAGAAACACUAACCUCGUGGACGUUACCUGAUUGCAUAUGGACACUUUUUUUAUAACGAGAUCUGUAACUAUUUAUGAAAAUCGUUAAGAUAUUGAAAUCAAGAACUGAUUUUUAGAGGAAAAACUAAAAGCUGCAGCCUGCUCUUAAUCUCCCCUUACAUUUAAUAACCAGCCUCCACUUCCCCCCUGCAGGUUCGCAGCUUGUUGCCGUCAUCAGUCUGAGAAUAAAUGAUUUGCUUUGCAAGGAGACGGGUCAUUUCAAUAUGGCCUUAAAUUAUUUGCAGCUCCACUCGGCUUUUUUUCUUUUUCAGGUCGAUCAAUGAGGAAACAUCUUGAGAUCAGAUUUUCCUUCUUUUAAAGGAUGAGUUUGUUGUCGAGGUGCCGUCGGGCCUGAAAAUGUUCCAUCUCGGUGGUUUUUGUUUAUUCUCUCGCAGAGGGAGUGGAGUGCAAGCGGAGUAAAGGUGGCGCCUUCGAGUCGGUCAUUUAAACUCCUGACGUUUGCGUCCUGCUGCUGAUUCUCCCGACGGUUCGGAAAUCUCCAUGGCUCAUGUUUUAAUGUGCCUCUUAACCCCCGAACCCGACCGGAGGUUUAACCAAACAGGACGCGACGCCGCUUCAGUUUACAGCCGUUUUACGACGACGUCUUUUCGCAAAACCCAAAACGCACAGUGAGGAAAAGGUGCCAACUCUGAUGUGAUGAUUGGAAUGAAAGCCCUUUUGCAAGGCAGAUCUUCAUCUCGGGUGUGAUUGAAUUUAUUUACAAUAUUAAAUUAUGAAAGCAGCUGCCUUGUAUUUAAUCGUGUUUUCCAGCCCUGAAGCUGUUUUCCUAAAUUGUGAAUGAUAAAAAAAAUUAAAAAAAAUAAAGUUCAUGUUUGUAUUAAU